UGUUGUCUCUCUCAGUGUCUGAUUGAGCCCAGGCUGUGCGGGGGCUCCCUGCGGGAUCAGAGCGCUCCCCCGCCGGGACUCCACUCCUCACAUCCCCCUGCUGGGACUCCGCUCCAUCCCCAGCCCAGCCUGGCUUUAUUAUGUGUGUCUGCAGUGCAGCCCCAGCAGCAGCAGCAGCGGCAGCGGCGGAGAGAGCAGGAGGGGACAGAGCCGGGACAAAGAGCAGCCAGCCGGCCGGGCGGCAUGAGAUAGGGGAUCGGGGAGGCUGCGGAGGACUGACCGCAGCGCAUGGGGGCAGCUAGCGGCGCCGGGACACGGAGGGCCACCGAGCAUCACCACCCCCCAGAUCGCGAUAUAUUGCGAUAGUAUUAGGGCAGAGGAGCAGCUAGAAGUCCCCAUAGUGCCCGCAGUGUGCCAGCUGCCGAGCGGGCACUAGUGUUAUAUGUGAAGUAGUAUUACUGAGGGCACUGCCAGCAGCCUCCAUCGUGCCAUAGGGGGACAGAGCCGGAGCAGCCCGGCCAGUGCCCGGUAAUUGAAUUGAUCCUAAUUUCAUCCUGCAGCACUUGUGUGACUCCCCCCAGGGCCUGGGGUGGGGGGCAUCAUCCGUGCUCCUCCCUCCUCCUCCAUCCCCACCCCCCCCUCUCUGCACCCAAGGGAGUCACAAUCCCACACAAUAGGAACUUUAACACAAUAAGUGCAGGAGAGAGAGAAGGGGGAGACGGGUGAGAGGAGCCGCUGCGCCGGGAGACUUCUGACCAGCCGUGGAGAUGUCCAGGAGGAAACAGGCCAAGCCGCGCUCCGUCAAAGUGGAAGAUUCUGAUGACUUUGGAUUAAACUGGGAUUCCUCACUGAACCAAACAGGUGGUCCUGGAAGGGAGGCUGAGAGAGAGGGCCGAGGUUUGGAAGAUGGUAACAGCGUGACCAGCCAGGAAGAGAGGAUUGAGGAAGAGGAGCUGGAGGACGAGUCAAUUUACACCUGCGAUAACUGCCAGCAGGAUUUCGAUUCCUUGGCCGAGCUGACGGAGCACCGGACCCAGCACUGCCUCGGAGAUGGUGAUGACGACCCACAAUUCUCCUGGGUGGCUUCAUCUCCCUCCAGCAAAGACGUUGCAUCACCCACUCAGAUGAUAGGGGAUGGGUGUGAUCUCGGCAUAGGAGAGGAGGAAGGGGGAUCUGGGUUGCCGUAUCCCUGCCAGUUUUGUGACAAGUCUUUCAGCCGUUUGAGCUACCUGAAAAGGCACGAACAGAUCCACAGCGACAAACUUCCCUUCAAAUGCACGUACUGCAGUCGACUUUUUAAGCACAAGAGAAGUAGGGAUCGCCACAUUAAACUCCACACGGGGGAUAAAAAGUAUCACUGCCACGAAUGUGAAGCAGCCUUCUCUCGCAGUGACCACCUUAAAAUUCAUCUGAAAACUCACAGCUCUAGCAAACCUUUCAAGUGUACGGUGUGCAAGCGUGGAUUCUCCUCCACUAGUUCUCUGCAGAGCCACAUGCAGGCUCAUAAGAAAAACAAGGAACAUUUGUCCAAGGCGGACAAAGAUAUGAAAAAAGACGACUUUAUGUGUGAUUAUUGUGAGGAAACCUUUAGCCAGACCGAGGAACUGGAGAAGCACGUGAUGACCCGACACCCUCAGCUCUCGGAGAAAGCUGACCUGCAGUGUAUUCAUUGCCCUGAAGUAUUUGCGGACGAAACCUCUCUGCUCACCCACAUUGAUCAAGUCCAUGCCAACAAAAAACACAAGUGCCCCAUGUGCCCAGAGCAGUUCUCUUCCGUGGAAGAAGUCUACUGUCACUUAGAUAGUCACAGACAGCCCGACUCAAGCAAUCACAGCAUUAGUCCAGAUCCAGUCCUGGGCAGUGUGGCGUCAAUGAGUAGCGCCACGCCCGACUCCAGUGCUUCAGUUGAACGGGGUUCUACUCCUGACUCCACCCUCAAGCCAUUGAGAUUGCAUAAGAAAACUUUAUCCCUGGACAGAGAGGAUGGCCAAAAUUGGCCCAAAGUUACCUACAGCUGUCCUUACUGCACCAAGAGAGAUUUCAACAGCUUGGCAGUCUUGGAGAUCCACCUAAAAACUAUUCAUGUGGACAAACCUCAGCAAACUCAUACCUGUCAAAUAUGUUUGGAUUCAUUGCCCACCCUAUAUAAUCUUAAUGAGCACGUGAGAAAAGUCCACAAGAACCAUGCCUACCCUAUGGUGCAGUUUAGCAACAUAACUGCUUUCCAUUGUAACUAUUGUCCAGAGAUGUUUGCUGACAUUAACAGCCUUCAGGAGCAUAUCCGUAUCUCUCAUUGUGGCCCUAACGCUACACCUCAGGAGGGCAAUAAUGCCUUUUUCUGUAACCAGUGUUCUAUGGGAUUCCUUACCGAGUCCUCACUAACCGAACAUAUUCAGCAAAGCCACUGUAACGUAGGAAGUUCAAAGCUCGAGUCCCCGGUGAUACAGCCAACACAGUCCUUCAUGGAAGUAUAUUCGUGCCCCUAUUGCACAAACUCCCCCAUAUUUGGAUCUAUAUUGAAACUCACAAAGCAUAUUAAAGAAAAUCACAAAAACAUUCCACUGGCAAAUAAUAAGAAGUCAAAAUCUGAGCAGAGUCCAGUAUCUUCAGAUGUCGAAGUUUCAUCCCCUAAAAGGCAACGGUUGUGUCCAAGCCUAAACUCUGUGUCCAACGGAGAGUAUCCCUGUAACCAGUGUGACCUAAAGUUUUCCAAUUUUGACACCUUUCAGACGCACUUGAAGUCACACUUAGAGUUGCUGCUAAGAAAGCAAUCCUGCCCACAAUGCAAAGAGGACUUUGACUCUCAAGACUCCCUCCUGCAGCACCUCACAGUACACUACAUGACCACAUCCACCCAUUACGUGUGCGAGAGCUGUGACAAGCAGUUCUCCUCAGUGGAUGAUCUGCAAAAGCACUUAUUGGACAUGCAUACUUUUGUAUUAUAUCAUUGCACUCUUUGCCAAGAAGUCUUUGAUUCUAAGGUUUCCAUCCAAGUGCAUCUGGCGGUAAAACACAGCAACGAGAAGAAAAUGUACCGUUGCACGGCCUGUAACUGGGACUUUAGAAAAGAGGUAGACCUUCAGCUUCAUGUCAAGCAUAGCCAUUUGGGCAAUCCAGCAAAAUCACACAAGUGCAUCUUCUGUGGAGAAACCUUUAGCACCGAAGUGGAACUGCAGUGUCAUAUCACGACUCACAGUAAGAAGUACAAUUGCAAAUUCUGCAGUAAAGCUUUCCAUGCAAUUAUUCUCCUAGAAAAGCACCUGCGCGAAAAGCAUUGCGUCUUCGACACCAAUAGCCAAAAUGGCACUGCUAAUGGAAUGGUGCCAACGAGUAAAAAGUCUGAGGCAGCUGAAGUCCCAAGUGUGUUAAUGAAGAACCCAGAGGUUUCCAACAGUCAUGAGGCCAGUGAAGAUGAUGUAGAUGCUUCUGAGCCAAUGUAUGGCUGUGACAUCUGUGGGGCGGCGUACACGAUGGAAGUCCUUCUCCAGAAUCAUCGUUUACGAGAUCAUAACAUAAGACCGGGUGAAGAUGAUGGCUCUAGGAAGAAAGCUGAGUUUAUCAAGGGCAGUCACAAGUGCAAUAUCUGCUCAAGAACUUUCUUCUCUGAGAAUGGUCUGCGAGAACACAUGCAGACACACAGGGGUCCUGCAAAACACUACAUGUGCCCCAUUUGUGGGGAGCGUUUCCCAUCUCUUUUGACGCUCACUGAGCAUAAAGUUACUCACAGCAAAAGCUUGGACACGGGGACCUGCAGGAUCUGCAAAAUGCCUCUUCAGAGUGAGGAAGACUUUAUUGAACACUGCCAGAUGCAUCCAGACCUUAGAAAUUCCCUAACUGGCUUUCGCUGUGUGGUCUGCAUGCAGACAGUCACAUCUACCCUCGAACUUAAAAUUCAUGGAACAUUCCAUAUGCAAAAGCUGUCCGGAAGCUCUGCUGCCUCCUCCCCUAAUGGACAAACUCUGCAGAAGAUGUAUAAAUGUGCCCUGUGCUUAAAAGAAUUCCGAAACAAGCAGGAUCUUGUAAAGUUAGACGUUAACGGCUUGCCGUAUGGACUCUGUGCUAGCUGCUUAAGCAGAACCACCAAUGGACAACCUUCUAACCCAACAUCGCAAGAGGUCUGUGAGCGGCUAUGUGUCAGUCUACGAUGCCCUGAGUGCAGUGUCAAGUUCGAGAGUGCAGAGGAUCUGGAAAGUCAUAUCCAGAUUGACCAUAGAGACUUAACACAUGAUGCUAGUGGCCAAAGGAAAGUGGCGCAAACCUCUCCUCUCCCCAGAAAGAAGACGUACCAGUGCAUCAAAUGCCAGAUGACCUUUGAGAAUGAAAGAGAAAUCCAGAUUCAUGUUGCCAACCACAUGAUAGAGGAAGGAAUCAAUCACGAGUGCAAGCUGUGCAACCAGAUGUUUGACUCUCCGGCGAAGCUCCUGUGUCACCUGAUUGAACACAGCUUUGAAGGAAUGGGAGGAACCUUCAAAUGCCCCGUUUGUUUUACAGUUUUUGUACAGGCAAAUAAACUACAACAACACAUAUUUGCAGUACACGGGCAAGAGGAUAAGAUCUACGACUGCUCCCAGUGCCCACAGAAGUUCUUCUUCCAGACAGAGCUUCAGAACCACACGUUGAGCCAGCACGCACAGUGAGCCGGUGGCACUACAGGACUUCUCUCCGCAGAAGACUUGACGGAGGCGCAGUGGGGAAAACCAUUUGAACAUUACAUCCAAUCAAAGUGUCAUUUGCAACCCAGAUGUAAAACUCUAAUGAUUUGGCCAUGAGGCGCUGCUAUUAUAAGCAGCUGGAAAUGAAUAUUAAUGGGAGAGAUUAAAAGUAUUUCAUGCGCAGUAUUUUUAUUGUCCUGCUUCUUACUAGUGUUCUUUAGAGCUUCUGCUUCUGACUGAAUUUAUAGUGUUAGAAUAAUCAGUUCCGAUGUCGUCGUCUUUUUGUUGCUUCUUGUAUUAUAUUGAUAGUUCAGAGCUUGAAGUGUUAUUAUUUUUAUUUUGACUUCUUUCUGUUUUUUUUUUCCCUGCAUCAUUUAAUUGCAAUUAUUAUUAUUUUUUUGUUGUGUGUUUUGUGAUGUGAUGGAUCGGCAGCUGUCUAUUCCAUUUUAUGAUUUGAUUCUAAUUUUUUUUUUACUUAAAGAUUAAAAAAAUAAAUACAUUUUAAAGCUUUGAUUGGAUUUUUCAGUUCACAGAGGACGGUCUAUUGAAUAUAUCAGCAACUGGAUGGUCUGCUUUUUAAAUGUGACUUUAUCUGAUUUGCAAUAACUAAAGUACAGUUCAAUAA